UUACCGGUCCUUUGGUUAUGAAUUAAUACCAAAACACGAACGGAAGAGAGUCGAAGUGAUGAAGAAGUUGAGCCGCCAUUCCUCCGAGCAAUACCUGACGACCCAGAUCACAGCGGACAGAGGUUCCUGGGUUGAAAGAUGGAAUGAUCGUCACACAGAAGAAAGGGAUGCAGUGAUGCAGCUUGGGCCUGAAGCUCCGGAGCCUGAGUACCGGAUAGAGACAACACUAGAGGACAACACCACCGACAUCGACGUCCCCGAAGGCCUCUACGCCAGCGUUAACAAGUCCGGGAUCGUACGGCAGUCGUCGUCAAGCGGAAAUGAAGUAGGCACCAGCACCACCACCCUGAAAGACUGCACGGCACUCCUGUGAGGGACCAGGGCCCACAAGGCUGGCUGUCAGUGUCCAAAUGUCACGUGCAUCAGUAAACAACAAACAUGGAAGAAACAACACUUAGCCACCACCGCCAACUUGGACCUGUAGCCGCUGACGUCGUCACUUUCCCUCCAGCUAUUGAGAAAAUAUCCGAUGGUCGUACAGCCGGGGACGUGCUGCAGGGUGGAGCUUAGUUUUCAGGAGAUAUUUUCAAAUUGUUAUCUUCCAUUUUAUACUCUUAUGUACAUAUGAAUGCCAUAUAAACGUGGGGUAUAUAACGUACCUGUUGAUUGUCAAUGUGGUUCCUAGAUACUUUACAUAUUCUCUGACAACACUGACUAUAGUCAUGUUCUUUUUACACUGGAAUAUUAACGCAUACAAGACGGGCGUCACAAUGUGCCAAAACGUGUACCGUUACUAUAUAGAAUAUCAACUUUCGCCCGUAGGAGAGGUGUUCAUCGAUAAUAGUAUACAUUGGAUCAGCAUUACAAGUAACUGAAAGAGCAAAUGAUAUAUGUUCUCCAUUAACACCAGACGGUGGAAACAACAAAAGUGUCCUCGUUUAAGUCGUGGGAGACCCAAUGACGCAUAGUUU